CUCCCACAGAAAUGAGUGUUUUUAUGUGGUGCAGAAGAGAGUUGUACUGACAGUCACCUGGGAUCACACACUGAGGUCUGCCUCCACUGCAUUAUAGUAUUAUUAAAAAUAAGUAUUUAUUUAUUCUCCUCAUCACACAAGUGUUGGACAUGGGAUUCCUGCUCACAAAGAUGUUGGCUGUGUUUGGUGACAAAGAGCACAAAGUCAUCAUAGUGGGUUUGGACAACGCAGGAAAGACGACCAUCCUCUACCAGUUUCUGACAAAGGAGGCCGUCCACACGUCGCCAACCAUCGGCAGCAACGUUGAGGAGAUCGUCGUGCGGAAGACACACUUCUUGGUUUGGGACAUAGGAGGACAGGAGAGCCUUCGAGCCAGCUGGCACUCGUACUACUGCAACACAGAGCAGUUUUUGGUGGUUUCCUUUUCUAGUCCUAAAUAUCACAGCUCUAUAAACAUAUACGCAUUAAAAGGAAGCAGCACUGUUAAUCCAUCCAUUCUUGUUUUGCAGGGCCUACAGAGAGCAGCCGUCCUCAUUCUGGCCAACAAACAGGACAUGAAGGGCUCGAUGACGGCCAAGGAGAUCUCUCAGUGCCUCACACUCGACUCCAUCACAACUCACUCCUGGCAUGUCCAGGCCUGCUGCGCCCUGACAGGAGAGGGUCUACCUGCCAGUCUGGAUUGGAUGAGGUCAAGGGUCGUAGCAAACUAAAAAAGUGGAUAAAACCUCCUGAUGCUGAGCCAACCUCGAAGACGCCGCAGGCCGCAGUGUCAGGAUCAUUUGCAGUGUAUAGGCAGACUCCUGUGAACAUUUUGUCUGUGACUGAUUCUGGUCACCACACCUACAGUACAGUGUCUUGCCUCGCCCCUCGUCUGGCUGAGCCUCAAGGUGGCUGAGCAACCGAACGCCUGGAUGAAUUUAGGGUUGGUGAAUAUGCACCGUCCAAAUGUCCAAACCCUGAGUGUUUUAAUAGUAAUCUGGAGAAGAUUCCUCAUGUAAAAACAGCUUUUGAAUCACAAAGCGAGUUUGUGACCUAUGGCAUUAAACAUAUAUGGAGGAUGAUACUGUAACUGAAGAAACUAUAAGCAGGAGCUGUAGCUCCUGUGCAGUGUUGGGACGCCAGUCUGCACCAGAAUUACUUUAUGUUUUACACCAGAGAGCAACAGGACUGUUUUUUACCUAAA